GGCACUCUGCAGCGAGAGAGACAGAUGGCCGGACAGAGAGACAGAUCACUGAAGAUAUUUAGUCCCUCUCUGAUAGUCUCCAUGCUAAUAUCAAUACGCCCCCUCUGCGGAUACCUCCGCCCCUUCUAUUAACCCCUUGUCCCCUGCUGACCUGGCUGCCAUGGCUCCUGCUUACCGCAUUGUUUGCGAAGAGGAUACGGGGCUUGAUCCUCCCACUGACUUCACCCAGGCGUGGAAGCCUGCUCCAGGCUCUCCGGUGAUGCAGAGGGUGUGGAUGUUCUGAUUUACCGUGAACAACGCAUGUCAGGAGGCCAUUCCCUGCCUGUGCCCACGCGCUGGCUGUGCGUGCUGAGGCAAGGCGAACCGAGUGUGCAUUGCUCCAGUGAGCAGGAAGGCUGUGUGACACGGACGCUUUGAAGGCACCGGCAUGGCCGACCAGCUGACGGAGGGGCAGAUCGCAGAGUUCAAAGAAGCCUUCUCCCUCUUCGACAAGGACGGGGAUGGGUCCAUCACCACCAGCGAGCUGGGGACCGUCAUGCGGUCGCUGGGGCAGAACCCCACCGAGGCCGAGCUGCAAGACAUGAUCGGCGAGUUGGACGCAGACGGCAGCGGCACGGUGGACUUCCCCGAAUUCCUGUCCAUGAUGGCGAGGAAGAUGAGGGACACGGACAGCGAGGAGGAGAUCCGGGAAGCCUUCCGGGUGUUCGACAGGGACAAGAACGGCUACAUCAGUGCGGCGGAGCUGCGGCAUGUCAUGACCAACCUGGGCGAGAAGCUGACGGACGAGGAGGUGGACGAGAUGAUCAAGGAGGCCGACAGCAACAGCGAUGGGCAAGUCAACUACGAGGAGUUUGUACGGAUGAUGACGGAGAAGUGAAGAACUGACUUUCCUGGUACCGCAUUCACUCAUUCAUUUGCUUCCUUUCACUGUAAUCUACCGGUCAAUGGUCCGUCCCCUCUUGCCCAAGGCCUGUGCAUGUCUUUGCUGUUCUGUUGGUUUCUUCCCCUGUAUUCUAUUACUUUAUUCUAAAGGCUGGCUGUGACUUACCCUGUUUGUUAGCUAAGCCCUGUGGCUCAUCUGAAAUUUAGCGUCUCUGGUUACACACCUGGUUUAUGCCUCUUGCAAUAAUUAGGUUUCCUUUAGACUAGGCAGCAUGUGGCGUUGGAGCUUACGUGUCCCAAGGACAGUCAACAAAUGGGGCCCGAUCCUUCCGGCCCUUACUCCUGUUGACAUCAGUGACUGUCCCUAGGAGCAGGGAUUCCUCAACAGGGCUGGGGUUUUGCAAGAUCACGUCCUUGGCAAUUUGCACAGACUUUCAAGCCAGAUCCAGACCCUGCCUCUGCCAUUGGGUCCAUGCAAGCAGACCCUCACUCUGAAGCGGGGCCCUGCUGAAGUCACUGGGGUUCCAUACGGGCACAAGGGUUCACUUGCAUGGAUAUGGAUGCGAGACUGGGGCUGUGUGCUCAUUAUUAGUUUAAAAAAAAAAAAAAAAAGGACCAAGUCACAAAUGGGGGGAGGGAUAGCUCAGUGGUUUGAGCAUUGGCCUGCUAAACCCAGGGCUGUGAGUUCAAUCCUUGAGGGGGCCAUUUAGGGAUCAGGGGCAAAAAUUGGGGAUUGGUCCUGCUUUGAGCAGGAGGUUGGACUGGAUGACCUCCUGAGGUCCCUUCCAACCCUGAUAUUCUAUGAUUCUAUAAAUCUUGUUCUUGAUCUGGAAAUUCCUCCCACUGCCCCCCCACCCCGCAACCUCCCCGGAAUUCUGGGACACCUGUUGUGAGGGUUGGGUUCACACCCGCAGGCACUUGCCUAAGGGGAGUUUCACUGUGAUCUUAGCUGGUGUCUGUCUGUCUGAGUUUGUCUUUGUGCAGCACAGAAGUGGAUUCUGCUGGUCUGGGUAGAAGAGUCACAAUGCAGAGGCCAGAUUCCAUUCGAAUUUGAACCCUAGACACCAUGAACAAAGACGAGCGGUUGGCCUCCCCUAAGAUUUGCCAGUGGCCUGAAUUGCAAAAUGAGGACUGACUGCAGGAGCUUCUAUAGAAAUUUUCUCCAAGGAAUUUGUGGCCAGCCUGGGAAUAUAUCCUAAAGAAAUCUUUGUACUGCUGGCACUGCGUCUGUCUUAUUCCUGAUGGUACAAACCUUAAGGGAAGGGGAGAGGAUAGGCGAAUAAGUUAGAUGCUCAUUUUCUCUCAGGGGUUAUUUGCCUUUUAGGAAACAGGAAAUUUGGCCGUUAAGGAUGCACACAGUGGAUAGCUACAUCUGCACUGUGACUACCAUUUGGGCGACGUUGCAGUUCCCUUCAGACGUCGUCCAUUCAAAUGGUUAUCAAAACACUGGGAAGCGUAAAGCUGUAAUUCUGCAAAACGGGUGUCUUAUUCAGGUGCAAGGCUGGCCAUUCAAACUGGGGCCCCUUUGCUUUUCCAAGGAGAGAACGUCACAGUGGGACUCCCUGGGCUUUGGAUCUCAUGAUAUAGGGUGACAUUCCAUGUGCAGAACACCACAAAAAGGCUUAUAAGUCAGGUCCCACUUAAACUCAGAGGCCCUGAUCCUGCAAAUAAUUAUGCAUGGGCUUUACUCACAAUAGAGUAAAUUUGCAAGUCAAUGGGACUAGUCGUGUGGUUAAAGUUAAGCCGGGGUGUAAAUGUUUGCAGAGCGGGGUCUAUAAGGCAAAAUGGGAUGUAAGUGGCACAUAGGUCUCCGUGCAGGAAUUUCACCCCCUGGGAACACCAGGAAUGCUGCUGGAAUCCUAAUUACCUGCCAAGCAUCAUAGACGUGCUGUUAGAAUCCACUGUGUUCACCUUUUUUCUGUAUACCGCCAGGCUUGCCCCAGAAAAAUAUUUCCUUCUGUUGUGCCUCUGUGUCCAUUUUCUGUAGCCGAUCGUUUUCAAAAGGAUCAGCUUCUGGUGCAAGCUCCCCCUCCGCUAGUCCAAGUGGUAGCUUUGUUUUCAAAUAAAGGAAUGAUUAUUUGCUUCCAGAGAA